AUGUUUCCACAACAAAGGCAAAAAACCGUAGAAUUAGUGAACUUGUUUACAAUCAUGCCAAGAGUACAACUACAGCAGCAGCAAUGUACAAACAUGAAGAAGGGGGCAUGGUCUCCAGAGGAAGACCAAAAAUUGAAAUCUUAUAUCAUGAAAUUUGGCAUUUGGAAUUGGAUCCAUAUGCCUAAAUUUGCAGGGCUUUCAAGAACAGGGAAAAGUUGUAGACUAAGAUGGAUGAACUAUCUCUGCCCUGAUGUUAAGAGAGGACCCUUUACAAUGGAAGAAGUCGAAAUCGUCAUCAAAACGUAUCAAGAACUUGGAAAUAAAUGGUCAGCUAUUGCAGGAAGAUUACCGGGAAGAACAGACAAUGAAAUAAAAAAUUUCUUCCACACACACUUAAAAAAGCAAUUGGGAGUGAAAAAUGUUGCCUCGAUGAAAAGGACUAAAAGAGUACUAAUGAAGAAAGACAAAGAUCAAAAUGAGAUGACGAAUAUUUAUGCGGAUAAAUCAUCACCUAAUGUUUGUAAUUAUUCAUUGGAGAAGAGUAGUUCGACUAUUAUUACAUGGGAAGAAAAUGAAAUGACAGAUAUUGUUUCUUCUAGUAAUAUAGUUAUAUUAGAGAGCAACCCAGAAAUUGAAAAAAUUAGUACUAAUAAUGUUGGUUGUCAUCUUUGCCAGUUUGAGUAUCCUCACCCUUGUACUCUUUCUGGUUUAGACUUUUUUCAUCAGUUUGAUGUACUCUGGGAUGCUCAACAUCUUACUAUUUUUUGA